GACUGGAGUCAUCUACGAGUCUGCUGAACUUGUUUGCCCACAUGAGAGGGCUACGGGUAUCCUUCACUUUCAUCGUCGGAAUCGGCAUCAUGGCAAGCAUGGGUUCAGCGAGCAAUGCAUGCCCCGCGCAGGGACCUACACCUGCAACUGCCAACCCGGAGAUCGCGACGCUAUUCAAGUCUCUGAAUCGAAACACGGUAUGGAGCCAGACUCAAACCAUUCACCUUGAAUUUCCCUCCUUCCACUGUCAAGGCAUGGCAAUCACUCCCGACCGGAUAUUCGUGUCGUCCGUGGAGAUAUUGGAGCCGACGGUGACGUAUCCACAGCCUCGAGAUGGGUAUGAUCGAUCCCCGGGAAAGGGAAUGGGGCACGUGUUCGUGCUCGAUCACUCCGGAAAGCUUGUCAGCGACAUCAAGUUGAUUCAAGGCGACAAAUACCAUCCCGGAGGCAUCGACUAUGACGGCAAGCACAUCUGGGUGCCCCUGGCCGAGUACCGGCCCAACUCAGCCGCGACCAUAUUUCGAAUCGACGCGGAGACACUCGAGGCUGCACAGAUGUUUGAUGCCAAUGAUCAUUGCGGCAAUGUGCUGUACGACCACAAAGCCAAAAUGCUGGUUGGUGGUAACUGGGGCUCCCGCAGCUGGACGCAGUGGAAUCUCGACGGCACCGAGGUGCACAAAUGGGCGAACCCAAACUUCUUCAUCGAUUACCAGGACUGCCAGUACAUCGAGUCGGGCAUGGCGGCCUGUAGUGGCGUGAGCAACCUCGCGUCGCCGCCGGCAGACGGCAGCAACACCAGUACGACGGCGAAGUACGAGCUCGGAGGUAUCGACCUGGUCGACCUCGAGACGCACAACCUCCUCAGUUCCAUCCCGAUAUCCAAGUGGUCGAAGAAUGGGCAUUCGGUCAACAGAAACCCGAUGAAGCUGUUGGUUGCGGAUUCGAAGUUGCAGAUGUGGGUGGCUCCCGACGAUGGUGAAGAGCCGGGAGGCACUGAUAUUCUCAUUUUCGAAGCAAGUUAGAUGGAGCUCAUAUUGAAAGAAGUGACCAUAAUACAGCAGUCCAUGCUUCAAUGA